GCUUAUUAUUUCACUCACACAUUGUUCAAAUCUGUUAAGGUAUUAAUUAAUUAAUCAGAACUAAUGGAGGAGAUGAAGGCAAACGAACCACGGUUAAACGAACAAGAAGUUGAUACGAGUAGUAGAAAAACUCUGCUGAAAAUGAGAAGCUUCGAUCUAAAUAUUAAGGAAUAUUCCCCGACCAAAAAUAAUACUAUGCGCAAAGCGAAGUCGUUGAGCUCUCAUUUUUUAGUAAACAUUGAUGAAAUAAUCAACUCGUGUGUCGAAACAGACUCGUUUGUAAGUAAUAAUCCUCGUAGGAUCGACGAAAUCGGUCUCCUCUCAGUUUAUGAAUCGAAACACGAUCCCAAAUCAGAUUUAUCUGUUGAAAUUGAAGAGGAGGAUCCUGAUUCAUGUAGUUGGACAAAAAUACAGAUUGAACCAGCAUUUGGUAUUUCUCUCAAGUUUGAAGAUGUCAAUUACAAGGUAAGAAUUAAGGGAAACAAAAAAUCGGACGUCGGAAAAAAUAUACUACAAGGGGUGAGUGGAUCGGUUUCUCCGGGGGAGGUUCUUGCCCUAAUGGGGCCCUCCGGUGGCGGCAAAACCACCCUACUCAAUCUCCUUAGCGGCAGAGUUAAAUAUAACGGUGGCACCAUAACUUACAACGAUCAGUUGUACUCGAAAUCGUUGAAACGCAGGAUUGGAUUUGUAUUUCAAGAUGAUGUGGUAUUCCCACACUUAACCGUAAAAGAGACGCUAACGUACUCUGCAUUGCUUCGUCUUCCCAAGAAAUUGUCGAUAGAACAAAAGAAAGAAAGGGCAAUGAACGUCAUUUUAGAGCUUGGACUAGAAAGGUGCCAAAAUACGAUGAUCGGUGGCACAUUUGUGAGGGGAGUAUCGGGGGGCGAACGGAAACGAGUUUGCAUAGGCAACGAAAUUCUUCUCAAUCCUUCACUUCUUUUCCUAGACGAACCAACUUCCGGAUUAGAUUCCACUACCGCCCUUCGUAUAAUUCAAAUGCUCCAAAAAAUCGCUCGGGCUGGAAAGACAGUGGUGACUACUAUACACCAACCCUCGAGUAGAUUAUUCAGCAAAUUCGACAAAUUAAUUCUAAUGAGUAACGGAUGCUCGUUGUACUUUGGGAAGGCCUCGGAAGCAAUGCUGUACUUCUCUUCGAUCGGAUGCUCUCCACUCAUUGCAAUGAGUCCACCCGAAUUCUUGAUUGAUCUUGCAAAUGGUAAUAUAAAAGACAAGUCUAUCCCUUCGGUUCUCGAAGAUAAAUUUCUACCGGGAGGCGAAUUUUUCGAAACUAAAAUCAACGGGCCUUCUCCUUUUGAUGUCCAUGAGUAUCUUUUGGAGGCUUACGAAUCGAGAUCUUGUAAUGUGGAGAGAAUACCAAAGUGUGAGCCCGUUACGCUGAAUAACGGGCUUUGGCGGAGGAACAAUACCGAAGAAAUGGGAGCAAAUUGGAAUUCACAAUUCUCUAUACUAUUUAAAAGAGGCCUUAAGGAAAGGCGACACGAAUAUUUAAGCAGUCUUCGUGUUAUUCAAGUUGUAUCAACCGCAUUUAUUGUGGGAUUACUUUGGUGGAAUUCGAAUGCUUCGCCCUCAAAUAGCGUUCAAAAUCAGGGGGGGCUAUUGUUCUUUAUUUCGGUGUUUUGGGCAUUCUUUCCGGUUUUCAACGCGAUUUUCACAUUUCCACAAGAAAGGGCAAUGUUGGCAAAGGAAAGAUCGGUCGAUAUGUACAAGCUUAGCGCGUAUUUGAUAGCGAGAAAUACGAGCGAUCUUCCUUUGGAUCUCUUGCUACCAAUUAUAUUCCUCAUCAUAAUUUAUUUCAUGGUUGGAUUAAAGAUGACCUUCUCUGCUUUUUCACUAACUCUUUUCACAAUUUUCCUCAGCAUUAUUGCUGCUCAGGGAUUAGGACUAAGCAUAGGUGCGGCAUUCAUGGAUGUGAAGAAAGCGACAACGUUGGCUUCGGUUAUCGUGAUGACAUUUAUGUUAUCCGGUGGUUUCUUCAUCAAGGAAGUGCCUCGAUUUAUGUCGUGGAUUAAAUACGUAUCGUUGAAUUAUCAUACGUAUGGAUUGCUAAUGAAGAUUCAGUACAGCUGCUUUGGGGGUGAAUCUGGAUUAUCACUAAUUUGUGAUUCUCCUCUGAUUAAGGGGCAUAAGCUUGAUUAUGGUGGAGUUGAAAUUGGAGCAAUGUUUGCUAUGAUCAUAGGUUAUCGGUUAAUUACCUAUGUUUUGCUUAGGACAAUGAAAUUGAGGACUGAGGCAUAAUACAUAUAUUUUUCUUUUUUUUUUAUAUAUGUUUUAUUUAUUAUUAUUUUUUUCUUUUAUGUUUGAAUAAUUUAAGAACAUGAAAUAAUAUGUUCAUUUUGUUGGGCUGGACGAGAAUGAGUGAGGCCCAUACUUAUUAUUGGACAAAUUCAAUAUAUGUUAUUCGGUUUAUUGUGA